AUGACGGAUGUGCGUGCGCUGCUAAAGGCAAAACGGACCGAACGUGGCAUCAUUACAAAGCCUUCGACGUCUACUGGACGCGCCGCUAGGGAGAGACCCAAUACUUUUUCACAGCCCAAAAGAAGGCUCGAUAAUGAACAAACAGAAGAGAUUGCAAUCGUGACGAGUGAUGCCCACAACGGAAAACGACGCAAAGUCGAGAAUGUCUCUCCCAUACGCCAACCGGAUCUUCCCACAUUUCCCCCCGCCCCAUCUGGCUUCCCGGCGGACUUCUUCUCAGAUCCAUCACGAGCACCCCAAUUGGGUGGCGACUCAGAUAACGACGACAACAACUCAUCUCCGGUCCAAGGGACAUCCUCGCAUUCAAACACUCUCGUGACCUCCUACCCCCCAUCCACAUCCGCCCAGAUAACCAUAGAUGCAGAACUCGAAGUCUUCGAGAAAGCUAUAGCCUCAGCUUCCAAACCUGCACCACAACCCCCGGAUCAAGCCAUUUUUUCACGAGCUACAGUCUAUGCCGAGCCUAAACUCGUCGAGGAAGUCCCCGAGGGUUUUCCGGAGUCGGUAUUAGACCGAGAAUCAAGAAAUCAUACUGGGCCCACCCCAGGCUCUAGCGCCGGGAGGGAGCAGGGUACUCCAGUGACCAUAGAGGAAUCGGUGGCCGAAAAACAAAAACGGAGGGAACAGGAUGAACGCGAGCUCAUUAUGGAUCGAUUACUCGACGAGGAACGAGCACAGGAAGAGGCCGACGCAAGAGUUAACGCACUCAAAGCUCGAAUGGAAGCUAUAAGGCAAAAACGUGAAGCUAUUCGAGCACAGAAGCAGAAGCAGAAACAAGCAGGGUAG